AGCUGUCGCUACUCUGUCGCUGUGACUGCAAACGUCCCCUCGCCGCCGCCGAAGAUAUACCCCACGCCAUCAACGAUGUUUUUGCUUCUGCUCCUUCCUAUCUAUCUUCUAUACCUUUGUUUGCUCGCCCGAGGCUCCUCAUUGACAACUGCCAUCUCCGCCAACGAACGAUUAUGUUUCUACGCCGAGGUUGACAAAGCUGGAGAAAAGAUUGGCUUCUAUUUUGCCGUGCAAUCUGGAGGUUCGUUCGACAUUGAUUUCGAUGUCAGGGACCCAAAUUCGAAACUCAUACUUGACGGAAAUCGAGAACGGCAGGGCGAUUACGUUCUCACUGCGAAUGUAGCGGGAGAAUAUGCGUUUUGCUUUGAGAACGACAUGUCGAGUUUCACGGAGAAACUAGUCGACUUUGACAUCAUGGUAGAAAGUGAACCUAGAAGAGAGGCCCCAGCAAAGCAGGGACAGAUUUCAGACCAUACCAGUGCAUUAGAGGAAAGUAUCUUUCGGCUGAAUGGGAUGCUUAUGAACAUCAAAAGGGAUCAGAAAUAUUUCCACACUAGAGAAAACCGAGGGUUCUCGGUUGUCAAGUCUACCCAAAACCGAUUAUUUUGGUAUGCUGUCUUCGAGAGCAUAGUUGUCGUUGGCAUGGCCGUCUUCCAGGUCUAUGUUUUACAAACGUUUUUCACAAGGACAGGCAGGCGAUACAAGGUCUAGUUGACACUUGCAUGCAUGUAUUUCCUUAGUUCUGGAACAUCGUAUGACCGAUUUGAUUUUGUGGCAUAUUGGUGUUAUAAUAUCAAUACUUAUGUGGGUCUAGCCACCGCUGU